AUGGGCAGCGCCCACCCUCGCCCCUGGCUGCGGCUCCCACCCCGGCCCCAGCCGCGGCCUGAGCUCUGGGCGCUCCUGUUCUUCCUACUGCUGCUGGCUGCCGCUGUGCCCAGGUCAGCACCCAACGACAUCCUGGGCCUCCGCCUACCCCCAGAGCCUGUGCUGAACGCCAACACAGUGUGCCUGACAUUGCCCGGCCUGAGCCGGCGGCAGAUGGAGGUGUGUGUGCGUCACCCUGACGUGGCCGCCUCUGCUAUCCAGGGCAUCCAGAUCGCCAUCCAUGAGUGCCAGCAUCAGUUCCGGGACCAGCGCUGGAACUGUUCCAGCCUGGAGACGCGGAACAAAGUCCCCUACGAGAGUCCCAUCUUCAGUAGAGGUUUUCGAGAGAGUGCUUUCGCCUAUGCCAUAGCUGCUGCCGGGGUGGUACACGCAGUGUCCAACGCGUGCGCCCUGGGUAAACUACAGGCUUGCGGUUGCGACGCCUCCAGGCGUGGGGACGAAGAAGCCUUCCGUCGGAAGCUGCACCGCUUGCAGCUGGAUGCGCUGCAGCGCGGUAAGGGCCUGAGCCACGGGGUCCCAGAACACCCUGUUUUGCCCCCUGCCAGCCCAGGCCUGCAGGACUCCUGGGAGUGGGGUGGCUGCAGCCCAGAUGUGGGUUUCGGAGAACGCUUCUCCAAGGACUUUCUGGACUCCCGGGAGCCUCAUAGAGACAUCCAUGCGCGCAUGAGACUCCACAACAACCGUGUCGGCAGGCAGGCGGUGAUGGAGAACAUGCGGAGAAAGUGCAAGUGCCAUGGCACCUCAGGCAGCUGCCAGCUCAAGACAUGCUGGCAGGUGACUCCUGAAUUUCGUGCAGUGGGGGCGCUGCUGCGCAAUCGCUUCCACCGCGCCACUCUCAUCCGACCACACAACCGUAACGGUGGCCAGCUGGAGCCCGGCCCCGCCGCUGGGGCACCCUCGCCAGCUCCCGGCACUCCAGGGCUGAGCCCAAAGGCCAGCCACUCCGACCUGGUCUACUUUGAGAAAUCUCCCGACUUCUGUGAGCGCGAGCCGCGCCUGGACUCGGCGGGCACAGUAGGCCGCCUGUGCAAUAAGAGCAGCUCAGGCCCUGACGGCUGCGGCAGCAUGUGCUGUGGCCGCGGUCACAACAUCCUGCGCCAGACGCGCAGUGAGCGCUGCCACUGCCGUUUCCACUGGUGCUGUUUCGUGGUCUGCGAAGAAUGCCGAAUCACUGAGUGGGUCAGCGUCUGCAAGUGA